UUCCUCUUCAUUGCCAUUGCCAUCCUGUUUUCAGUGGCUCUGACGGGGAACAUCACACUGAUUCUUCUCAUUCGAAUGGAUCCCAGACUCCACACUCCAAUGUACUUUCUCCUCAGUCAGCUCUCUUUCAUUGACAUGAUGUACAUCUCCACCACUGUGCCCAAGAUGGCAGUUAACUUUCUGUCCAAUAGUAAGACCAUCACUUUUCUAGGCUGUGGGAUUCAGACAUUUGUGUUCACGGUCCUUGGCGGAACUGAAGCCCUUCUUCUUGGGUUCAUGUCUUAUGAUCGCUACGUGGCCAUCUGUCAUCCUUUACGUUACCCUGUGCUCAUGAGCAAGAGGAUCUGUUGGUUCACGGUCACGUGUGCGUGGACCAGUAGUUCUCUGAACUCUUUAAUACAUACGGUGUAUGUAUUUCAACUUCCCUUCUGUCCAUCUCGACUCAUCAACCACUUCUUCUGUGAAGUCCCAUCCCUGUUGCCAUUGGUGUGUCAGCACACUUCUCAGUAUGAACAUACGAUC